AUGAAGGAUCCAUUAGAAUAUUUAAAUAAAAUAAACUUUAAUACGAAUAAGUUUCCUCAAUAUACUCAUUUAAUUGAACACAGUCCGUCUGAACAUGAAAAUGAGAAAGUUAUAAGAAUUUGUCGAUGUUGGCAAUCAGCUAAAUUUCCCUAUUGCGAUGAUACACAUAAGAUAUUUGUUGAAAAUGGUGACAAUGUUGGACCAUACGUUGCCAAGUUAGUCAGCUACAAAUUGUCAGAGGAAGAAAAAUUGAAGAAACAAAAAUAUAAUGAAAAGUAUAUAAAACUAAAUAAUAAAAUGUCUUAUAUAAAAGCGGAUAAUUCUAAUUUUAAAUUGUUUAAUACACCUAUUAUAAAUUAUAAAUUUAAAAAAUAUGUUUUGUUAUCUUUUUUUGUUCUAACGUCAUCAGUAUUAUAUACAAAGAAGGAAAAGUUAUAUAACUUGAAUACUGAAAAUUAA